GGCCGCUUCCGCCCGUAAGCAAGAUGGCGGCGCUGGCGUCAGCGCGCGAGGUCGCACCGCCCCCAGCCCGGAGCCACGCCUCUUCCCGGAAGAAAGAUGGCCGCGGCCUAGCGGAGUCCGGCUGGAGGCGUCACAGCUUCGGCGGCUCCCGGGCGCUCCUGGCCACCCUCACAGGCGCCCCUCGGCCCGGACCCGGGGCCAUGGCGUCCAGGCCAGCUCCCUGCUGUGGUCUGGCUCCUCGCUGCCUCUGGCUCCUGGGCCUUGUCCUGCUGAUGGACACGUCCGCCCGGCCCGCCAACCACUCGUCUGCCCGGGACAGGGGCGGCCGCAGGGAGGACAGUGAGAUCCUGCCCCCUGACCACCUGAACGGGGUGAAGCUGGAGAUGGACGGGCACCUCAACAAGGACUUCCACCAAGAGGUCUUCCUGGGGAAGGACACGGACGGGUUCGAGGAGGACGCGGAGCCUCGGAAGAGCAGGAAGAAGCUGAUGGUCAUCUUCUCCAAGGUGGACGUGAACGGCGACAGGAGGAUCAGCGCCAAGGAGAUGCAGCGUUGGAUCGUGGAGAAGACGGCCGAGCACUUCCAGGAGGCCGUGCAGGAGAGCAAGGCGCACUUCCGCGCGGUGGACCCGGACGGCGACGGCCGCGUGUCCUGGGAGGAGUACAAGGUGAAGUUCUUGGUGAGCAAAGGCCACAGCGAGCGGGAAGUCACUGAGAAGAUAAAGAACAACCAGGAGCUGAAGGUUGACGAGGAGAGUGAGUGCCGGGCGGGGGCGGGGGAGGCGGGGGGGGGGCAUGCUGUGCAGGGGCUGGGCUGUGGGGUCAGACCCAGGGACCAGGUGGGGCGCUGCCUGGCAGUGGGUGCUGGGGAAGCUGGGAGAACAGGGCCAGCCCUCUGAGAGCGCUUCUCACUG